GUUGGUGGGGUUAGGAGCGCAUCAGCUGUUCGAUGACAGUUCGCCAGCCGCGGCGGUGGUAUAAGUGUGCGUUAGCUUUUGACUGGCAGAAAAGGCAAUAUGGCCGUUCACUGAGCGCUGCGUUCUCCCCUGUGUACGUCGCAGAGACAAAGAAACAACGCAGUACUCGGGAAAAUAAAACCAAUCAAACGAUUUAUACGAAUAACUUAUUUAAUUAUUGAAAGGCGAAUAAAGGUGUCAAGUUUUCAUUGUUUUUUCGUCAUUGUUGUGUUGUUUAUAAUCUGUCGGUCAGAGUGAGAGAGUGCGAAAACCAGAGAGAUAGAAAGAGAGGAGAGUGGGAGUGAGAGAAAAAGAUACGAAAGUGUGUGUUUAGGCUAUACAAAUACAACGUAGAAUGCUGGAGCUCGAAGUGGUGCCCGAAAGGUCCAUCGGUUGUGAGCAGUGGGAAUUUAUUUUAGGAAUGCAUUUUUCUCAAUCUGUAUCCAUAAUACAGUCUCAAGUUGGCAUUAUAAGAGGAGUACAAGUUCUAUAUAGCGAUACUAAUCCUUUAGAAGUAGACCUGGUGAUAAAUUUACCUCACGACGGAGUACGACUUAUAUUCGAUCCUGUAGUACAGAGGCUAAAAAUAAUUGAAAUAUACAAUAUGAAAUUGGUGAAAUUAAAAUAUUGUGGCUUGCCGUUCAACUCGCCGGAAGUUUUGCCUUCCAUUGAGCAAAUCGAACACUCCUUUGGCGCUACUCAUCCCGGUGUUUACGACAGCGAUAAACAAGUGUUUGUGCUCAACUUCAGAGGUUUGUCAUUUUAUUUCCCAAUUGACUCAAAGUUCCAGCCGGGUUAUGCUCAUGGUUUGGGUUCACUGCAAUUCCCCAACGGAACGUCACCCUUAGUUGCAAAAACUGCCAUUUAUGUUGGUAGCAUGGCAGCCGGAGCUGUCGGCAGCGAAGAGCACAGUCUCAAAGCACCGCCACCUCCUUUACCACUGACUUGCUACCACAACAAUUUGUAUCUCGAGAAAGCUGAAGUUGUCAGAGACAAAGCACGCACUCGGGGUCUCAGAUUGCAUCUCUUUACGGAAGGUAGCUCAGUUACGAGAGUUCUUCUUGAGCCGAAGAAGCUCUGUCUCACCAAAGAGGUAUGGUUCGGUGAUACGUGCGAGGACGUUUUGAGUGCGCUUGGAGCACCUUCGCGCGUUUUUUUUAAAGCGGAGGACAAAAUGAGAAUUCACAGCCCUCACGCUCACAAGCGAGACAAGACAAAGCGCUCUGAUUUCUUUUACAAUUACUUCACCCUAGGACUAGACGUUCUAUUCGACGCGAAAACCCAAUGCGUUAAGAAAUUUGUUCUCCACACAAAUUAUCCAGGGCAUUAUAAUUUUAAUAUGUAUCACCGUUGUGAAUUCACUCUUACCUUACCACCCGAGACUAGCUCGGUCGAAUCAGGAAAGCUCAUCGACGUUAGUCCGUCUCCCAUUACGAUCACUGCCUACACAAAAUGGGACAAAGUGAGUGAGCAGCUGAGAGCGAGCGCCCGUCCGGUGGUAUUGAAUCGGGCGUCAUCGACCAACACGACAAAUCCAUUUGGUUGUACUUUCUGUUACGGUAUACGCGAUGCGAUUGUCGAAGUAAUGGCGAAUCAGCAUAUUGCGAGUGUAACACUUUAUACGGCGGCGUGACCUUGGUAAAGAGCCUGCGUUUGCUACAUUUGUGACACGUAGAGUGCUGCUCCCUUUCUUUCCCUCUUUCUCCUCGAAACACAUGGGAAAAAUCGGAAAAAAAAGAGGAAGGAAGAUGAACGAGGAAGAAGAAAAAAAAGAAAAAUACGAAAAAAAAACUACAAAAAGGACGUUAGAAGGCAAACAAAAAAAAAUGGAAUAAAAUAUAAAAGUACGAGAGACGGCUCGCACAUUCGGGCCUGUAAAAUAUCUCUCCGAGACGGAAACAAAAGAGGCAUUAACGACGAGUGGAGCUUACGGUGAAAGGUAAUCUCUGCGCAACCGACGCGGGUUUGUUUUGGGGGGCUGCGAUUGAGAGCGCUGCUCUGAAGGAAUCAACGGGAUUUUCCAUCGAAAAAGAAAGAAAAUUACCACACGAAACAUCAAAUUUCAUUGAAAUACUUCGUCGCUGUGAUUCGAAAUAACAAAAAGGCCUCCCCCGAUGUCCCGGCGAUCACUUUUCGUGGUCCGGCUGAAAAACUCACUACAAAAACAACAAAAAAAACCAUAAAAUAUAAGAAUAAUUCAAAGAAACAAAAAAACCGAUAUGAAAUAAUAAUAACGCUUAGAUAGUAAUGGACAAUGACCAUGAUAACACUUAGGUAAUAAUAAUUGUUAAGUAUGUAAAAUCACCACCGCGUAGCCACGAUUCAAAUCUCGUUUUUUCUCUUCUUCUUAUCGUAAAUCACAUUUUUCGGUUUAUUUUAUUUUAUUUUUUUCAUACUUUUGGAACGUUCGAACGCGUUCGUACAAUUUUUUGUUGUUUUCCGAUCGCUCGUUAAAUCGACCUUCCAUUUUUAAACUCAUCGCCAUCUUAUCACUAUUUUAAUUUUUUAUUUCUUUUUUUUUUUGGUUCCACCAAACCCUACUCUCGUAUGUACAUAUCCGGAAUAUGAAAAAAAAACCACAAGGAGGAUAAUCCUAAUCUGUGUAUGCAUAUAAACGAUGUACGCUCGACUCAUUAUCGUCGAGGAAGUAUCGUCACUUAUUUCUUUACUGUCAGAUAACGUUUGAAUACACUCGUAUAGUAGAGUAAUAGUGAUGCAAGGAGUCGAAUCAUGUCAACCGAUAGCAGAGAUUUGCGUCUCUCUUUAUUUUGAAGACAAAUAACGAAGGGAAUUAGAUGUUUUUGAAUUUGAGAUGGUAAUAUACGAUCUUGUCGAUCUGAGGCGAGAUAAAUAUGUGCCAAAAACUUUUCGAUACAAUCUGUCAAAAUUUAACCGUCGAUUUGGCACAGAAACUGGGCGAAUUCGUCCUUCGAACGGAAAAAUGCCCUUUUUACACUGCCCGCUUUUCGAAAUGAAAACCGAAUGGAUUUUUUCGAAAUUCCACAUAACACGAUGAAAUAUAAUUAUCAUAACAGCUCGAAUUUCAUCCUUUUUUGUGCUAAAUUCGUUUAGAACGUUCGAAAAGACUCCGAUAAUGAAAAAUUCGAUGUAAAUCAAUGUUUGUCCUCGAAAAAACGAUUUCGCAUUGUACCUUACGCAAUGACGAAAAACUCUUUGGGAAACAACGACGAAUCGUUUGUGAUUCGGGUUGUGUUGAUGGAAAAAAAUGUUGCAUAUCAGCUGUUUUUUCAUGUUGUACGAGCUCUGUCGUUCCAGAGUGUAAUUGUGCGUAUUGAAAUUGUCAGAAAAAUCGAUAGAUUCUGACGAAUCUAAAGAAAAUGAAAAUGUGAUGAAACUCGCGCGUUUUCAAUGUGAAAAAAAUCGAAUGAAACUUGUUCGAGACAAAUUUUAAUGGAAAACAAUUGAGAGGAGAUGAAUUUGUGUAAAAAAAAAAACAUCACACUGACGAAAAAUUUCAAUACUUUUCGGAGUAACGAGAGUCGCCAAUCUCUGGCUAACAAUAAAAAUUAUCGUUCAACUAUCCGAGCAAAAGAAUAAAAAAAAAGACCAAAACUGUGUUGUGUCAUGGAGACAACAUUAACAAAAGGAGAACGAAGAUAAAAACGAAAUCAUUGUUAUUCUUGUUCAAACGCUUUUUCAAUCGCCUCCGAAACAGCGAAAAUUAACGUGAAAUUAAAUCUUCUGUUCUUCUCUUCCGUAAGACCCACUAUUUCAAUUUCAUUUCGCGUUCUCGAUGGAAAUAUUUGUUUUUUCCUAAUUAUCUUAUCAAUUAUUUUCGAAUUAUUGUGUAAAAAUGUUUCGUCACUGAGAGAUGUCGAUAACAGAGAUCUCUUUGUUUUGAAUGUGACUCUGCGAGAGUUGAACAGAAAAAGUAUAAAAUAAACGUGAAAAAAAUGAAAUAAACAUAAAAUGGCAAAAAAAUAAACUAAAAAACGUAAGUCUAAUCCGAAAAAUUGAUUGUAGAAUUGAGGAUAGCGCGUAGCACUCUCGAGGGGGAAUAAAGUCGUGCGCGAGCAAAACGUGUUUUAAUGUAGGUACUUAUACGCAUAAUUUUUCUAUGAAUUGACAAAAAAGAAAAACAAAAAGUAACGAAAGCCACUGAAGAAUGAAGCGAAACACACACGACAAAAUUGUUGAUGAAAAUAAGAAAAAUGGUGAAAAUAAUGAAAUAAAAUAUUGAAAAAAUACACGUGGCUGUACAGAAUAAAUCGAGGCAUACGUUCGGCGAAGCAAAUGAUACUUCCAUAGGUGCAGAUUUUUACGUCCUUGUAUUUCAUUCGCAAUCAAUGGCUGCUGCCAAAAUGAUUUAUACAAAAACGCUCCUCGAAUUAUAACGACGAAAUUUACGUCGAUGCAAAUUCUAAAUUACAAAUACGAAUGUUUUUCUCUCUCUCUCUCUCUUUUUCUCUUCAAUUGUUAAGUCACACGUUAUUUUUUCGCGUCUAAUAUUUUGAAAAUUGCUCUCGAUUUAUAACGCUGGCUGUAAAUAUUCCUAUCGUCAUUGAAAGUGAAGAAAAAAACAAGUCUCACUCAUGAAAAUUGCAAUAAUUUUUGGAAAAUCAUUAGCAGCAAGUUUGACGAAGGGGAAAAAGGGAAAAUAACAAUCGCACAAAUGAUUAAUCGCUCGUUCGAACUCGUCGAGGACUCAAAUAGCGUGUAUCGUCAUCGAAAAAUGACCUGACAAUUCUUUCGAAGCGAAUGCACGUUUUUUUUCGAUCCAACGGGAACGAAUCGAUCAUUAAUGUUAAUGUAUAACGAUUAAAAUAUAGCUAAAAUGCUUAAUGCACUAUAAUGUUAUCCUAAAACGUCGUUCGAUCGAUUAUACGAGAGAACGGAAUGUGAAAAUGGAGAAAACAAAAAUCAAAGGAAUGUUAACAACUCAUUGAGUUUUGUAGACGAGAACAUAAACGAGCGUGAUAAGUCGACAGAGGGCCACUUUGAUUUGUUUGUUCACCAAUCAUCGAUUCACGUGAUAUUUAUUAAGCGGGAAAACUCGCUGUUUCAUGAAAUAUAUAGAAAAAAAUAUUGAAAUUAUAGAAAUUUUUUUUCAAAUUGUACGUUGAAAAAAAGACAUUCGGAAAGUAGCAGCAGUCAGCGAUGUUUGACUCACCCGAAUUAAUCAUUUUUUUCCCCACGUUUUUUUACUGCAUUGCGUCUUUUCGUGUAAAAUAAGAAAAGAAGCGAUUGGAAUAAUGAAAGGUGCGGAUUUUAAAAGCGACUCAUUUUCGGCGCCUCGUCUACGACGAUUCCGAGUUAAAAUAAUAAUUAGUUCAUAUUAUGUCUGACCUCAUUACACUUCGUAUUGCAUACUCCUUUUGUAUGUUUACCUGAUAAAUAAAAGAUCUCAAAAGUCA